UCUCUUCAAUCGAUUUCCCAAUUUGCAAUUGAAAGCUAACAAUGGCAAGCUGCGAUGAUUUAGCGCUGGACAUCGAGGAGCUGAAGCAGCUUCAAAGCAUCGCGAAGCGACCGCGCGUCGCUUCUCUCAUUUCCUCUGAGAUUCUCAACCUGGAGAAGCAAUUAUCGAAUGCAGCGUCUCGGAAAAUGCCUACUCCAGCUCCAGCAGUCGACACACCAGCCCCGAUUUCAAGUGCUCCGAAGGCUGUAUCCAGCAGCUCUUUGUUGAGUUAUGUUCCUCUCAGCUCCUUCAGCUGGGAUCAGGAUAAUGAUCAAGUAAAGAUUUAUAUACCGUUGGAAGGUGUCGAUCGAGAGAAAGUUGAGGCUGAUUUCAAGCCAAUGUCUGUUGAUAUCAAGCUACAUGACGUCCAAGGAAAGAACUAUCGUUGUGCAGUGCCAAAGCUCUGCAAAGAGAUCGCACCUGAGAAAUGCAAGUUCAUUGUGAAGCCAAAGAGAGUGGUUGUCGUUCUGGCCAAAGCUGCCAAGGGAAACUGGUUGGAUUUGCACUUCAAGGAAGAUAAGCUGAAGCCGCCGAGUUUGGACAAGGAGCGGGAUCCAAUGGCCGGGAUUAUGGACUUGAUGAAGAACAUGUACGAGGACGGUGAUGAGGAUAUGAAAAGAACAAUUGCUAAAGCAUGGAGCGAUGCAAGAUCUGGCAAAGCGGCUGAUCCUUUACAAAGCUAUCGUUGAACGCACGAACCUAGGUAUUCGAGUUAUAAUGUCGUGCAACUGCUGUCUGGUUUCACGUGUGUUCUUGAUGAGUGUCAAGUUAUAUGUGAUGUUAGUUUUGAACUAACAUGUAUUUUUGAUACAUUAUGUAAACUCAGUGUUUAAUAUGAGAGAGUUUUGAGCAGAA